AUGGAGCUUUCCAUCGUCACACGUGGCAGCUCCAAGCGGAAGAACACGAAGAAGCGCAAUGGCGCAAUGGCGGUGCAGCGGGACGAGGCCACCGAUCGAAAUACCAGCACCGUCGACGGCCGACGCCUCCUGAAAGCCUUGCUCCCGCACGGCGGCUUCCAGGUGGUUCUCAAAGGCACCGUCGACGACCCGGUGGGCCUACAGCCUGCGAUGACGCCGGCAGUCUCGGCGGCAGCUGCAGCCGUCAGCCGCCGGGGUGGCAAGGAAGGCAUUCCGCCGGUGCUCAUCGUGUCCGGGGAGGCUUUUGCUGCUCUCGCCGUCUCACAGGGCUUGCCAGCGCCGCCGGACCCGCUGCAGUACGGGGCCCACGAUGACGAAGCGCUCGUCAAAGAGGUCGGCCAGGAGGUGCAGAUUCUCACCGAGGAGUACGGAAUGCUCUUGGACCUCUACCGCGGCUUGAGACAGGACCUGAAGCGAACUCUGCGGCUGGUCCCGGACUACAACACGGAUGAGCUUCGAGGCGCCUUGAUGAAUGUCAUGGUCCUCGACACCGAAGAGCGCGUGUUGGUGCUCGGAGCCCGGAUGCUCUUGUUCUGA